GCCUUAAUUUCGGCUCUUUGAACCCACUUAUAACUUGGAUUUUACAGUUAUCUUUGAAUGGCAAUGUACUGAACGAUGUAGCAAAGCGGAAUGUACGCAGAUAUGAAAUAUGUCGUGCUCUUAUUAUAGGAAAAUUCGAUCUUAUCGGUGAGAUUUAUCCUGUUCAGACCCAAAGAGGACCCAUUCAAUUACAAAAUACACAUACAAAUUAUAUAAAAAUACCAAAAUCUAUUCUUUAUUAAUCACUGACACACAUAUACAAAGUAGCAAAACGAAAAUUAAAUCAGAAAACCAACAUAAAACAGAUAAAUAAAUACAUUUUUUUUAUUGAAUAUCUUGUAUAACAUUAUUAUUGACGAUAAUUAAUACUUUCGUAGCUUAGCUGGUCGACUAUCGUUUGACACAGGAUCACCUGCACGCUUUAGUUUUUUUGUACUUGUAUUGUUUGUCUUAUCAGCUGGUUUUCUCGUUGGUGUUAUUUGUAUAGAUGAUUGUAUUGAUUUAGUAUUGAUGUUACUUGUUGAUGAUGUUGUUGCCUACAAAUGGAAAAAAAUAUAUAGACGUACGUUUGUUGAUGAUAAUCCAUUAGCUAUUAAUGAAGAUGAAGAAAUACAAACAGGAGACGAGGGCGGCGAUGAUGAUAAUAAUGUUCAACAACAACAAUUAACAGCAGUAACGGUAAAUACUUUAUCAACAAGAAAGAAAAUUGAUUUUAAAGGAAUGAGAAUAAAAGAUAAAAUUGAUCCAGAACAAGAAAAAUGUUAUUUUCGUGUAAACAUUGGUGGUCAAGAUAAAUAUAUGCACAAACAAACCGCCUGUUGGCUUUUUAUGACCAGCAAAAAUCGGCUUUCAUCUGAUCGUUUAAGAAGAGUCCAAGAAGCUGGUCGACAAGAAUGA